GAGCCCUAUAAUAAUUAAUAAUUAUAAAACUGACCACAACAAUUUUCCUCAAUAGAUUCUCAGUGUUGUGAGGGUGUGUUCAGUAGGUCUAAUUAUCUUUCCACAUUUAACAUAUACUGCAAGCAGUUUAGAAGUCAGUAUAGCGGCGGUGGCAAUGUGAUUGAUAGGGCCCUCCAAGUGUGUCCAGGCACUACCGUCAGCCUCACCUGUUCUCAUGACAAUGUUAUUGAUCUGACUCGUUGGAGAGUCACUCCUCCUCUACCAAUGGACUGCGAUAUUGUUAUCACUCACACAGCCUCCCCAAAUAGUGCAGGUGUAUGUGGACCAUUCAUUGUUAGUAUGAUCAGUUCACGCAAUGAGCCAACAAGGAUGUCCACUCUUGAGUUGGUAGUCACCGAGUCACUAAAUGGUACUGUGGUGACUUGUUUUGCUGGUGCUUCUACAUCUGAUCCUCGAGCUGGGAACUUCACUAUUCAAAUUAUCGUAGAACCUUCCACUCCAACUGUUGAUAGUGUGGAACACUCAGUGGUUGACAGGUUAACCGGACAAAUUACACUUUUGGUCAGCAGUAGCGGCACAUUUGGUACAGCGAUAACAUUUUAUGGCAGUGUGGUUGGAGGCAGUGGUUUAGUGGAAGUGACUGGGAGCAUUAUCACUGUGACUGGAUUAAGCUACACUGAGUCUCACACUGUCAGUGUGGUGGCUACCAGUGCUGUGUGUCCAGGAGUGCUGAACAGCAGCGUCAUUUUUGUUCCUGUGAUGUUCAACAUAAGAACUCCUGUACUGACUCGACCAACUGGAUUCGUUGACUGUUCCAAUCCAUCGUUGCCAAUCAGUGGAUCAUGGAGUUUGAUGGAGGGAGUUCAGAGCAGCAGUGACUCGGAUGUUCAGUUGACUCCUCCCCAAAUUGGUGCACCAACCAUAACCUUUACUUCUUCAGCCAGGAGUUUCAGUGGCAAUGCAGUGUUUGUUCCUGAUUCAUCCUACCAGCUCACGAACACAGUGGAGAAUGAUGUGUACACUUUAACUGUAACUGUGACUAAUGCAGCUGGAUCAAGCAGGAGUGUCUGAAAGAGUUGAUGUUACUCCCUUCAUAAUUGAUGACAGUACGCUGAGAACAAUAAAUUGCCUCACGUUCUCUCUCGGUCAAAACUGUGCCUCUGAACAAAGUGGAAACUUCCUUAUCCAGUUUGAACAAGGAAAUGGUUUAUGUCGAGACUUGCGUCAAUCAGAUUUCAGCACCUCCACCAUACAACUGACGUCACAGUCGACUUGUGUACCUGUCGUCUCAUCCGCUAAUCUGUGCUAUCAUGCAAUAUUGAUGUACAAUGGAAUGAUAAUUGAUACUCGAACUAAUCUCGACUUUGCUGGGUGCCCCAUAAAUGUCCUUGAUUCUUUCCUGGCAGAUGGUGUUUCCUACCAGCUUGACGGAGAAGUCACUAGCGGCAACGUGUCUCACCGUACGACUGCUACUCUGAGCUGUACCGAAACUUUUGCCUCAGUAUCUGGAGCAGCUGUGGUGACAUGUGUUGACGGUCAGUGGAACAACAUGGGCAUACAGUGGUGUUCUAGAUCAUGUGCAGAAUCCAUAUCUCUGACAUUCGUACUCACCUUGUUUUUUGGAGUCUUGGUUACCGUCUUGAUAAAUUUGGCAAUGGUGUACAUGUACAAGAGGUCUAAAAAGGUAACUCUGCAAACUGAAACUGAAAUGAUACCACCACCUGCGAUAUACGAAGAGCCAGGAGACAUUAAAACAGACCCCAACACUCAGGGAAAUGUCGCCUAUGGACAUGUGCAGCCUCUUCGGCAGUAAGUGGAACUUUUAGAUUAGUUGCAGUGGAUUGAAUAAUAUUAUUUUAUUGUUUUCUGUGAACAUUAUAAUCCUCAUAAUACAUAGUUCUUUUUUGCCCAAACUUUUCAUAUUUAGUGAGUCCUAGGCCCAGAUAAUUAUUUUUAGUUUCUAUACCUAUCAUAAUUCUGCAUCAUUUUUUCUUUCUAAAUUGAAGUCAAAGGUCGUGCCCAUGGCAGCUCUUUUUAUACUCACAACACGCUCAGGAUUCCAAAACAACUAUGUUUAAUCAUUAGACUCAGAAGCCAGCUUACUAAAUAGAUAUCAUGCUAACACUGACUCACCGGUACAAUGUUUCGACAGGUCCUGUGCAGUCCAGCUGCUGCUCAAAUAGAGUCUUUGGAUUCUUCACUUACAAGAGCUAGUCAGACAUGAGAUUGAAUUAUUCGACUGCUCGAC